AUGACCCCAGUGGGAGACGUGCGCAUGAGAGAUGGAGGACCAAGGGAUGGACUACUGCUACAGUAUGUUAGACUACCGGUCCUCUGGAGAUUGAUGGAGCACAGAGGAGAUCCCGGGAUGAUGCUGGGAAACAACACCACCACACCCGGCUUCAUCAGUAAGCAUGCAGCUCCCGUCACCCUCUGCUCCCCGCCCUACACGGGGAACAUCUGGGCCCCGGUACCUGGUCACAGGCUGCCCCCCUCUGCCACAGGACAAGAUGGAGAGAGGGGGGAUUAG